AUGGACGAUGGCCUCGACAUUCCCGAGGAGUCCAUGCGACACAUUGAGGCAUUGCUGGCGAGACACCCACCACAUAUGAUCCAGCAAAUGUUUUCGCAGACACUGGCCUCACAACCGCGCUCGUAUCCUGCUGGCCUUGACCCCACGCGACCCGUGCCUGCCCUCUUGACCCCGGCCUCCGACGUCAGCAGUCCCCUUGAUGUGAAGCCCGAACCAAGCUUCACCCCUACAGACGAUAUCAGCGUCGCAUCGCCUGUCACGACUGCCGACAAUAAGGAUCAAAGUCAGUCUGGCGAGCCGUACAUGUUCUGUACUUAUUGCGCCGAGCAAAAAUCGCUCAAAACUUUCAAGGCAAAGUCGGACUGGAAAAAGCAUGAAAUGAGGAUGCACGAGACGGGAGAGGACUGGCCCUGUAUCGUCAUUGGCUGUAACCGCAUCUUUGAUCGACAGAAGGAUUUUGUCAAGCAUCAUCAGCGCUAUCACUCCGGACGACCCCUGCCAUCUCUCACUGAUAUUGGCAUUACCUUGUUGCCAAGAAGGGUAUUUGGCUGUGGCUUCGACAAGUGUAAAGAGGUCAGCAUCGGCUGGGAUGAGCGUUGUGAUCACGUUGCGAAGCAUAUGAAGAAUGGUGCCACCUUCGACCAGUGGAAGUAUUCCAACAUUCUGAUUGGCAAUUCCAACCCACAACUAUCCCGCUCACGACUAGCCUCCAUCAACGCUGCUCUUAUUAGAGUCACUCAAACCGCAGGCCACAGCGCAAAUUAUGACUGUGGAUCAUCUCCAUUCAUCGAACCAGAAUCACCAGCAGUCGACACGACAAAUCGCCGCAUCAGCUACAUGGAUGUCGACCCUGGAGAUUAUCUUGACGUUGCCCAGCCUGUCAUCCCGGAUAUGGCCCAUCCAAUGAGUGCACCCUCGAUGAACCCGCCGCAUCCCCAAGUUCCAGCACUGGACCACCACCACCACCAACAACAACAACAACAACAACAGCAGCAAACAAACACAACCGCCGACGAAUUCACUGAUCAAGCCAAGCCUCCAGCCAAUCCUCUGGGAUGGUGCUACCCCAGCUACUUCGAUGCCGCCCCACAGUUUGAGGAGUCGCAAUACUACGAAAGGCCUUCCUUUGGCUCAAUGAUUUCCAAGCCACUGCAUAAAAUUGGAAACAGGCUCAAUAACUCCAGGCAAAACUCACCGCACGCAUCACAUAUGCAGUCAGCGUCGCAAAUGAGUCAAGAACCUGAAAUGGGCGCAGAUUUUGCACUUCAGAAUCCUGUAGCCGCCAUGGGCAUGCGCCAUCCUCCUCACCAUACCCAACAACAGCAUUUGCCACAACAUAUACCACAACAACAGCAACACCCUCAAUACCACGCCAUGUCGCAAGCGCCACAACAACACUACCGUAAUGUCCCACCAAUGCAUGAUCAACAACUCCAUCUCUUUACGAAUCAAGGUUGA